AUGGGAGAUUUCCGGUCGUCUUUCCGAACCUACGGUGGUGACCGGAAGCUGGAGAUAGUGAACGGUAAAGUUUUCAGCGCCAACCAAAUCUAUGUGUCUCGGCCGAGUUCGCCAGAUCCGCCACCGCUUCCGCCGCGCAUAAACAGAGGAAGUAAGAGCUCGUCGUCUUCGUCAAAGAAGUCGUGGAGUUUCAACGAUCCCGAUAUGAAGAGGAGAAAACGAAUAGCUAAAUACAAACUCUACACCGUCGAAGGGAAGGUCAAAUCUUCUUUCAGAAGAGGCUUUCGUUGGCUCAAGAACAAAUGCUCCGAGAUCGUUCACGGUAUCUAA